AAAAUCUCGGUUCCCGCCCCCCAUUCUGUCGUCUGCUAUAGUUCCAAACUCGCACAGUGACGAAAAUAAAAUUUAAGGCAAUCAGCGCCUCUAGCGUCAAGAUUGUCAAGCCUUCCACCGAAGAAUGUUCCCACGGAUAGGAAAUAAGCGCAAUGGUCAAUGGUGAAACUAAAUGAAACCAUGUGGACACGAUGCAGUAGAUAAAACUCGCUAAAACAACCCAUUCGUGGUCAUUAUUUCUCGUUAACUGUGCAAUUUAUCCAAAAAUAUAGAAUCAUGUCUGUUAAUCCGACCAUAGAGGCUGAUGAUGCCUAUUUCAAAGGCUUAAUUGAUUACAUCCCACCACAGUUCUAUUUCGAUAAGGAAACUAGGGUUGAUCUAGCAGAGAGGAGGAGUCAAGAAUUGGAAGAGAAAUUUAAAGAUCAAGGUAAAAACAAGCGGAAUGGGUCAGUGUUGUCUGAUAAAGCCAAAAUCAAACGCUUAAAGUUCGACCCACAGCACCAGAGGACAGUCUCGCAGAUCAAGGAGAUGAUGCUGGAAAACAAAACAUUGACACAUGAGAAAAGUGAUGUCUCAGAAUCAGAGGAAGAACCUUUUACAAGUGUAAAAGAAAGAAAGAAGAAAAAUAAACCAAGAAAAAAAUUGGGAAAGAAAAAAGGGAGAUCGGAAUCUAUGAAUGAAUCUAAUACCAAGGAGGCAUUACUUGAAAAACUGCAUUCAAGAAUAGAGGCCUUCAAAAGUAAACGUACCUUGUCCGGAGAAGAAAUGAAAGAAAGAAAAAAAUUAAGGCGGAAAGAGAGCAAACUAAAACUAAAAAUGAAACGUAAGAAAGAUAAAAACCAGAAAUCAGUGCAAGGAGUUAAUGGUCAUGUCAUAGCAACGCCAAAAGGAGCUGCUGCAAAACCAAUCUUCAAUAAGGAGGGGAAAAUGGUGUUCAGUAAAUUUGAUUUUACGGAUGUAGGAGAUAAAGAGAAGUCAUCUAAUCCAAUGACUGGUAAAGAUUACAAGAAAUUAUUAGAAAAGGUGGAAAAACGGAAGCAGAAAAUUCAAGAAUUGAGUGAAAAAGACGCUGAGAAGGGCAAAAAAUUUCAGGAAAAAGUUGCCUGGGAAACAGCUCUUCAUAAAGCGGAGGGGGUCAAGGUCAAAGACAAUCCUGAACAUUUGAAACGGGCGUUGAAAAAGAAGGAAAAGAUGAAAGAACAGCGUAAAAAGAAAUGGGAGGAGAGAACAGAACGGACUGAAAAACAAUUGCAUGAUAAACAAGUGAAACGGAAGAAAAAUAUCUCCGCGAAGAAACAGUCGCGGAUUGAAAAUAAGAUUAAGAAGCAGAAAAAGAAGGGGCGGGUUAUCCCUGGUUUUUAAUUUUUCCAACUUCAGUGAAGAAUGUUCUUGCGUAAGAGGAAGCUAAAUUGUUCAUGGGGUAUAUCUUUACUACUUGAUGUCAUCCAUACAAUUUCAACAUCAAAAGAUUGGUAGCUACAUGAUAAAUUGCGAGAAUUGGUGAUGAUGUCAUCAAAGGUAUCAUCCUCAUUAGAAAAAGCUUGGAAAUUUUAGUAAACUGCCAUGUCAUAUAAAAUGUGAACAUAUUUUUAAUAUGAAAAAAAAUAAUAAAAUGACUAUUAAUAUGAACAGAUA